AUGAAAGCAAGAAAGGAGAGCAAGAGGGUAAUGUAUGAUCCAAAAUGGAAAAAGGUGGUUUGGCAACUUAACAUCGUCUUUGAAAAUGUAUAUAAGUUUAGGGAAGUUGUCACCAGGUAUGCAAUAGAAAGAGGUUGUGAGCUCGAGAAGAUUACAAAUGAUAAAAACAGUGUUAGGGUAAAAUGCAAAACUAGUGGAUGCCCUUGGUUGUUGUUUGCAAGCAGAGAGCCCAAAUCUGUUGAUUUCAUUAUCAAAACUUAUAAUCCUAGGCAUAACUACAACAAGACCAACACAAAUUCAAUGUGCAAUACCAAGUAUCUUGCAAAGUACUAUAGAAGCUUGGAAACAAGUAUUGAAAGAAGUGAUGGGGAUCAUGUGAAGGAGUUUGGCAGGAUUUAUGAUUAUAGAGAUGUGCUCCUUCAAUCAAAUCCAGGAAGUACAUGUGUGGUAAAAGUGACAGAUUCUGAAGAUGAAAAAAAAUUAUUUCACUCCUUCUAUAUUUGCUUUGCAGCAAUGAAAAGGAGAUUUAUUGAAGGGUGCAGAAAAUGUAUUGGGUUAGAUGGUUGUUUCUUGAAGGGAAUAUCUAAAGGAGAGCUAUUUGUUGCUAUUGCAAAGGAUGGGAACAACCAAAUAUUUCCAAUAGCAUGGGCUAUAGUUGGGACUGAAAGUAAAGACACAUGGUGUUGGUUUAUAAGGAUAUUGAAGUUUGAUUCGGAGAUCAAUGAUGAAGGAGCAGAAUUGACAAUCAUUAGUGAUAUGCAAAAGGGUUUAUAUUCAGCAAUUCAAGAAUAUCUUCCUGAAUGUGUGCAUAGAAUGUGUGCAAGACAUAUUCUAGCUAACUGGCAACAGAAACGGAAGGGUAUUGAGAGAAGAAAUUGA